AUGGCGAAGAAACUGGAACCUUCCAGUAGGUCGCGGCUCGCGUCCGCCCCCUGCCCAUCCCUUCCGCACCGGCCUCUGGGAAUUCAAAGCCGGCUAGUCGACCCGACAGCAGCCCUCCUCGCGCUACGAAAGAGCAGCAGCGCUCAGGAGGGGCCCGCGCGGGAACCGUCGCUGCUGGUGGCCGUUGGGGUCGGUUCGCGAGCUAGCCGUCCUCGCCCCCAUCGACCCUGCGCCGGCGGCCGGUUUGCUCCUGCCGCGGCCAUGAGGCACCUGCCCUAUUUCUGCCGUGGAGAGGUGGUGAGGGGCUUCGGCAGAGGCUCCAAGGAGCUGGGCAUCCCCACCGCUAACUUUUCUGAGCAAGUCGUCGAAAGCUUUCCAUCUGAUAUCUCCACUGGUAUAUACUAUGGGUGGGCCUGUGUUGGAAAUGGAGAUGUGCAUAAAAUGGUUUUGAGCAUAGGCUGGAACCCAUACUACAAGAAUGUAAAGAAAUCAGUGGAAACGCACAUCAUCCACACAUUCAAAGAAGACUUUUAUGGUGAAAUUCUUAGUAUAGUCAUUAUUGGGUACAUCAGACCAGAAAAAAACUUUGAUUCCUUAGAUGCACUUAUUUCGGCAAUUCAAGAUGACAUUGAAGAGGCUAAUAGAAAACUAGACUUACCAGAACAUCUGAAACUCAAAGAAGACAACUUCUUCCACAUGCCAGAAAGCAAACUAGUAAAUGGCCAUUAAACAAGGUCAUGUGUACACUUAUUUUUAUUAUUACUCUUGUCUUUGGUCUGCUCUCAUUAGUAUUCAGCUGUUGUAUCUGGUUAGUUAAGUGAAAUCUGUGUGUGAACAAAACACUGUAAAACAGUACAACUGUGUUAGGCUUCUUUGUUUGAACUAAUGUAUUAUUAAAUCUGUCAUG